AUGGCGCAAUACUCAUCGACAAGAAAACUUAGCCAGGCAGAUUUGGAGAAUCUGCUUGACCCUCAAGUCAGUUUCCUACCUUUGUUUCAAGAUUUGAAUCCCGGAUUCGAAUCAUUGUAUUCGCCAUACUCUCCAAAUCUCGAUUCCUCAUCUACAGCAGAUUCCAGCUCUCCACCAAAUUCUCAUUAUGAAGACAUAGCAAUGAGUGCAGAAAAUGCAGCCGCUGUACCUACAUCGACAUCUGCACCAGAUGACUUUCUCAACUAUUUAUCAUAUCCUAACCACGAAAUUGUAACUCAUAGUGGCAAUACCCCAUCUCCUUGUACGCAGAGUAGUAAUAAUCGUCUACAAAUUCGAAUACUCGGGGUACCAAACACUGGAGCAAAAUCUCGUGUGGAGACUCAAAUCAAGCUUUGUAUCCAACUAAUGACAGGAAAUGAAAAAAAGGUACAAGACUGGUCGUAUAUCCGCUUGAGUGAUUCCAUGUUGGCAAGAUCCAGAUUGCGCAAGAACCAGCAGCAGCAACAGCAGAAAUCAAUGGAUGGCUCCGUAGCAACCAUGGUAUCAGACGAAUCCAAGGUGUUGUGUUUGGAAGCUCAAGUAGUUUGUGCCAGUAGCACAGAUCAACCGAUUCGGAUGUGUGUUGGCUGUGUGCGACGUGAAAGAAAAAGAGCGGAAAGAACAAAAGAUGGCAAGCACAAGGGAGACAUCUUGCCCGAAGACAUUGAAUCAGAGAGAGAUCGUAUCCUGCUAUUCAAUUGUAGUCCAAUGAUUAACUUUUCUUCUGGAGAUGCCAUCUUGCCUACUCGCAUCACUUGUUAUUGUCGCCACCAUAACGAGAAGGUUGGAUUUAGGAUAUGCUUCUCAAUGAAGAACAACAGGGGAGACAUCAUUGCAAACGGUAUCUCUCCACCUAUCAUGAUAACAGAUGACCAUAAAAGCUCAAAACAAAAGACAAGCCUUAAGAGAACAAGACAGGAAGACGAUCAGUUUACUAUUUCUCGCCCUGAUACGCCCGCUCCAUCUCGCAAAAACUCGAUUUCCAUUGACCUUAUUCCACCAACGACCGAUAUACUUGACGAUAACACGGAAUCUACCACACCUACGAGCCUCGAGUUUAUUAAUUCAGGAAUAAGUGCCAUGACAAAUAGCAAUAGCAGCAGUAGCAGCAACAUCUAUUCCGACUUUUUCCCUCCUCCUCCUGCUCCUCUUUCAUUCAAUGUGCCAAUGGACAUACCAACACCUCAACAGCAAUACUCGCCGGAAGAAGACACUGUGACAUCUACUGAAGAAGCUUGGCCAUUCAACCGUCGUCGUAGAACUAUAUCUGGCUAUGCCUCUACUGAUGAUCCUGCCCUGACAUCCAUCUUGGAUGAUUUCAGGCCUGUCGUUGUAGUGCCUCAACUGGAAAGACUGGUGCCUGCUCAAGGCCCAACCUAUGGUGGCGUUGAAGUGACCUUAUUGGGUUCCGGGUUCUACCGAGGCCUUACCUGCUUGUUUGGUGAGCAUGUUGCUACCACUGUCUACUGGAAUCCCAAUACCAUUGUUUGCAUACUGCCUCCUGCUGCUCACAUAGGUCCUGUGGUCGUCUCGUUCAAAGAGCAUCCGUUGGUGCUGGAGGGCCAAGAUGUAGCCAUAUUCACGUACUAUGAUGCGAGUGAUCAAGCUUUGCUAGAACUGGCUCUUCAAGUGGUUGGACUAAAAAUGACGGGAAAACUACAUGAUGCCAAGCAUGUUGCAAUGCGAAUUGUUCAAGGUGGUGAGCCAUCACAACAGCCACAGCAACAACAACAACAACAACAACAACAACAACAGCAACAACAACAACAACAGCAACAACAGCAGCAGCAGCAAUUAUCAGUACUCGAGGCUAUUCAGAGUGCAGAUCAACCUGACCUUUCACUCGUCAAUGCCAGCGGACAAACAUUGCUCCAUCUUUCCGUCAUACUCGGCAAUGAAGAACUCGUUAGAGCCAUUAUUCACGCUUACGCACAUCGUCCCACCAAAGAUAAACAAGAACUAUUGAACGCGCAAGAUAGGAACGAGAUGACAGCCCUUCAAUUUGCGUGUCAAAUGAAAUCAAUGGAAAUGAUCCGAAUUUUGUUACAUGCGGGUGCAAAUCCAAGCAGUGUAGAUAGUGCGUGGCUGAAGAAAUCAUGCGCAGCAGCAGAAGAUAUCAUUGAUUUACUCGAUUUGUAUACUACCACCUCCAACCAUAUAAAGCGAAAGCCACUUUCCAGAAGGAAUAGCAAUGUAAAGAGCCACAUGAUGCAUAGAUUCCACUCUUUGAGUAACACGAGUACCGAUACAUCCCAGCUUGGCAGCAACAGCAACAACAACAGCGCAGAUAGCAAGCACACACCCAGCAUGGAAUCAGAUGGGUUGGGCCUUGUUCGCCAAAAGAGUGAUCGUCGACUGUAUCUGUUCUGGUUACCUGUUUUGACGCUUGCUAUCGGAUUGUUGUUUGUACAAAUGUUUGGUCAACCCGCUUUGUUAAGGCCCAUUCUAGAUUUAUUACCUAAUCCACAUCGUAUUCCCUUAUCCGCCUAA